AUGAGAUCAGCUGCUGGUAUUAAAGUGAUCAUUUUCUGCCUGAUGCUUUGCCCUUUGGUAUUGGCCAGACUUUUGGAGCCAAAUUGCGGAAUUCGAGCUGAUGUUGCCUAUAGGACGAGAAUUAUCGGGGGCAGGAAUGUUCAGAUCUCCGCCCAUCCAUGGAUGGCCUAUUUGCACUACGAAUCGCAGUUCUACUGUGGCGGAACACUCAUCAAUCGCCAAUUUGUCCUAACAGCCGCCCAUUGCCUUGAUGCGGCUCGAAAAUUGACUGUUCGCCUGGGAGGAAGGAGUCUAAGUUCCAGCGACAACUCAAUGUGCCAACUUGGAGCCGAGGACUACGAGGUUGACCGUGCCUUCAAGCAUAAAUACUUUACACCCACGAUCUAUUUGAACGACAUUGCAAUGCUUCGACUUGCCAGAUCUGUGGAGUACAACGUCCACAUUAGACCAAUCUGCAUUAUCCUGGAUCCGGCGAUGCAACGAUUGGUGGAGGAUGGCAUGUCGCUCACGGCCACUGGUUGGGGACUAACAGACAACGGAUCCGAAGCCUCAGAUCUCCAGGAGGCCAGCAUUGUGGUAAUGAAUCGGAACAUCUGCAGUGAUCUCUACAAUGUUCCCGUGGGUCUCAAUCAGAUCUGUGCCGGCGACAGCGAAACCAACACCUGCAUGGGUGAUUCCGGCGGACCUCUCGGAGGUAUUGUGAACUACUACGGGGAACCAAAGUUCGUCCAGUACGGGUUAACCAGCUUUGGAGACAAGGAGUGCCGGGCUCCGAGUGUCUAUACGGAUUUGAGCACCUAUUCCGGCUGGAUAGAGAUGGUGGUGGAGACAUUUGGCAAAUGA